GAUACGCUCUUUAAUUUAAUUAAUUAUUAAAUAAUAAUAUUCUUUAUAUAAGAAAUAAAUAUAAGUAUACUUUAAUACAAUUAGUAUUUGUUUGGAAAGUACUUAAGUUUUUGAUUUUAAUAACUGCGAGUAAAAAAAAUGGAUAUUCGCGACAAACUCUUAGAAACCGUUGAUGCAAAUGAUCCACAUUUUAAAAUACUUUUAAAAAAUGCUAUGGAUGCGGAAAUUAAAUUACUUGAAGGACAACUUGCCGCCAAGAGGGCUGUCAAUGAAAGAAAGAGGAUAGAACUGAAUAACCUUUUGGAACGAAGAAAAGCGCUGAAGAAGAGUAUUAAGGAAAAGUCGGAACUUCUUCCCGUGAUGGAAAAAGCGAGUGCACUCCUUCAGGAGUAUGCAGUAAAAUUACUCGAGGAAUUGACAUUAAAGCAAAAUAUGGUGGACAGUGAUUCAUUGUAUCAAUUAUCAGUGCUUAAUCAGGAGAUGGAAAUGGCGGAGAAACUUGAGAAAAAAUGUAAUGAGUACGAGGCGGAAUUUGAGAAAGCUCCUUUGGCUCAAGAAUUAAAACAACUGAAACAUGAGUUAUUAAAAAUAGAAGUCGAAACGAGAAUGCGAGAACAGAAUAUUAUAAAUAUGGAAGAAAGUUACGCUCUAUAUGAGAAAAUUCAAAAGAAAAGGGAACAACAACAAAUUAUUGCUAUCGCAAAACUAUGGUUGCAGCAUCGAGAUAAUGUCGAAGAAGGAAAGAAAUUACGACAAGAAAGUGUUCGACUCAAUCAAUUGCUUGCUCAACAGGAAGUAGAAAUUCAGUGCUUGAUGAAAGAGAAGGAGGACAAGGAUAAGCAGAAUUUAAUGGCUCGUUUUCAAAUGCCUCCUCCCGUAAUGGAUACAAAAUUUGUUGAGACAAUGUUUUCUCAAUCUAAUAUCUUAACGACUGAGGCAAAAAAUCCAGAUGCAAUGAAUGAUGCACUCAGCGAUACCGCUUCAAUUUGCUCUUCAGUUUUCGACGAAAUGUGUAAAGCUCCUGAAAAGACAAAUAUUGUGAGCGAACCCGAAGAAAUGGAAGCAGAACCAGAUAAUAUUUCCCUAGGCGGAAAUGACGAUUCGCAAUGUACAAGAGAUUUGGAUUCAGAAAAAAGUUUACAAAGUCCUGCGAUACAUUCAAGAAAAUCGUACGACUCGAAAAUUAAGGAGAUAAAUGAAAAUGUUUAUAGACAAAAAAUACAAUCAGCAGCAGCUAAGAUAUCGGAUAAAUCUCCUCGAGGAACUCUUUCAAAUUUAAAACGAAGUAGAAAAAAUGUUUCAGAAAAUAUAGUCGAGCAUAGUGCUGCUGCAAAUUCAAGAGUAGAAGUAUCGAAAAAAUUACCUCGAGUUGAUGUUAAUGUUACAAAAGGUAAAAAAAGUAAUGUUUCUGUUCAAAAAAAUUUGAUUAGAAACGAUAAAAUUACGGAGAAUUUGGGAGCAGUGAGAAAAAUGAAAGAAACAAUGCAAAGUGGAGAGAAAAAUUCUUAUUUGGCGAACGUGAAUGUUACGCAUGAGUUAUUGGAUAUUUCUGAAGAUAGUGUCACGAAGGACAAUGAUUUAGGUUCAGAAAAUCCUUCAAUUACGGAAAGUUACAGCAGUUUUCGCUUUAGCGACGCGAAUGUUAAUCAGAAAGUUUCAGAUGUCGAUCAGGAAUAUAAUUCGGAUUUAUCCCUUCAAAGCUUUACGAACGCUGGCAAUGACUCAGUUAUUUUUACUGAAGAAGAAUUGUCAAAUGCAGAAAACAAUGUUACAUUGUCUGAGCAAAAUUCUCCCCCUCAGGAAAUUUCAGCUCCAACAUCAUUUGGACUCUUUGCUAGUCAGAAGAAACGUAAUAUCAACUUCCAAGGAUUAUUUAAAUAAUAAUCAUAAAACCACAAUCGGUAAAUAUUCUUUAUGUUCAGAAUUUAUUGAAAAUAUAUUUUUUUCUUUAUUGUUUUCAUAAUUUAAUAUUGGUUUAGAAAUGAACAAAAAUUUAUUUUUUAAUUUUUUCAUAACUUUCGUUUAAAGAUGAACGAAUUUAUUUUUUUAUUGUUUUAUAAAUUAGUUUUCGAUUUCGAACCAAACAAUUAUUUGUAUUAA